AUGAAGUUCCUCGCCGCCCUAACCACCCUCCUCCUUCCCCUCGCCGCGCAAGCCACCUCGGACGCUAAACCCGCCAUCACAGACCUCGACAUCAACACCACCCACUCGACGGAAUGCACCCGCAAGACGGCCGCCGGCGACACCGUCUCCAUGCACUACCGCGGCACGCUCUACGCGGACGGCUCGGAGUUCGAUAGCAGCUAUAACCGCGGCAAGCCCCUCACGUUUCCGUUGGGCAAGGGAUAUGUUAUUCAGGGAUGGGACAACGGCCUCCUCGACAUGUGUAUCGGCGAUAAGCGCACCCUGACCAUUCCCCCGGCGAUGGCGUACGGCGACCGCGGGGUGGGGCCUAUCCCUGCGGGGUCGACGUUGGUGUUUGAGACGGAGUUGGUGGGGAUUGAGGGGGUGGGGAAGGAUGAGCUUUGA